AUGCAUCAAACCAGUGUGUCACAAAGUACAAAAAACAAUGCAUCUAUUGCCUCAAGUUUUCAACAAAAUUUAUUAUUCGAAUUAAUUCAAGCAGAUGUCUGGAGUAAUUUACUUGAAAAGCCCAUUUUACGAGAGCCAAAAUCGAUUUGGAUUACUCAAUUAACCAACUCGAAUAGUUAUCAAUUGGCAUUACGCUGUGAAGAUGGGCUGCGAAUUUUUCAAUAUUCACAAGAGUUCUCUACUUGGCAACAAAUAGCAUAUUCGGAAGAUUUUUGUGAUAAAAAUGGAUUCAAUAAAGCCUGUUAUCCUUUGCAAUUUUGGAACAUGCCGCAAUUAAGUAAAGAAAUCUUAAUUUGUAGACUUCAAUCUGGUUUUUAUUUUGCUGAUUAUGAUUCUUCAACACAAACGUUACGAGGAUUGGCUCAAGAUUUCCUUUUUCCAGAUUCUAGUCGUUGGUAUGACGAAUGCAAUCAAUUUCAGUGGGGUUUUUUUUAUGGAUCAGAAAUGCCUCUUGGAUUAUUUACUCGACAUAUUGAACAUGGUAUUCGUUUCUAUAUAUUAGCUCCAAACGGUUUUAAGAAAGAAGAGCGACCUAUAUUGGAAGAUCUCAGUACAAACAAACACAUACCAUCAAUAUGGCGAGCUAAAGAUGAUCAUUUUGAAUUUGCUGAUAUUACCGGAACUGGUACAACAAAUAUUAUUUGUCAAAAUGAUAAAGGACUUUCUAUUUAUGGUUUUGAAGUGACGAACCAAGGCUUUAUUCUUAAAGAAUUAAUCAAAACUAAUCUAUGCAAUAAGGAUUCAGGAUGGCGACCAGGACAAGACAAACUAUGGUUUGUUCGUUUAACAAAAAGUCAUUUUUCUAAUUUAGUAUUGUUGCAAUCUAAUGGUUUAAGAGUUUAUCAAUACAUUGAAGAAAAAAAAUGCUUUGAUUGUUUAAAUCAUGAUACUUCUAUGGGUGAACAAUUUGGUUGGAAUAAGGAACAUACUGAUUCUUUAUUAUUUACUGAUAUUAGCGGUAAUGGUUUUAUGCAAAUGAUCUAUGCAGGACCUCAAGGUUUAACAAUAUGUUCUUUUAAUUCUGAUACUCAUAAAUGGGAAAGUAAUUUGAAUCAGAGUAAAUUAAAUUUAGAAAACAAAUAUGCCAUUCCAUUCAUAUUUAUUCCUGCGAAAAGAAGUCCAACUCAUACAUCUAUAUUAAUUACAAAGUAUAAUGGUAAAUUAAAUUGUUUGAAAAUUGAAAAGAAAAUUGUUCAGCCAAAUGCAGCAAAACAUUUAUCGAAAUUAAAUCUAAAAUUAUCUUCUGACAAUCAAGAAAUAAAACUUAUAAAAUCAAGACUUAUUCCAUCACAAGGUGAAUUUAUAGCUCAACUGAAAUCUGUUGCAUUUUUACGAGAUACUCUUGAUAUUAAACCAUUAUUAUCUGCUGUUAAUACAUAUACUGGCAAAUUGGAUUUUACAUUGCCUCUUCUAAGUUUAACUACAGGAUCAAAUGGUUUACAAAUGCGAUUAACAUUACGAUAUGAAGGUAUUAAUCAACAUGUUUCUGUUUUAGGAGUUGGAUGGAAUCUUGUUGAAGAUUAUAUUGGAGUAGCUUAUCAAGGAAAUGUUGAUCCUUUAAUACAUCGUUAUUAUUGGAUAACAAGUCAUGGUAGUAUGCCAUUAUUACGUCAAAGUUCACAAACUGCUCAUAUCCAAAGUUUCCGGUUGGCUACUAGUUAUGAUUUAUUUUUAAUUAAAAGUUUAAACAUCGAUAACUUGCCUAAUAUACAAGAAAAUGCAGUUAUUUUAGUUGGACCAAUAGAAGAUAAUGAUUAUUAUGCAUAUGUUAUACAAAAUAAUCAAUGGCGAAGAAAUAAUAAAGAGAAUUAUUUAUAUAACACUUUAAUCAAGAAUAUUGAUGUUAACAAUUUAGUACCAGUAGAACAAAAUGGACUAAUUAAAAUUACUGAUGAAAAUUUGAAAAUUAUUGUAAAAAUCAUACAAAAUGCUACAUCAAAUGAAAAUUACUUUGAUAUGAAUAUAAUCUAUUAUUUGGAUAAACAAUAUUGGGAAAUGAAAACAUCAGACGGGGAAAAACGAAUCUAUGGUAAUGUUACUACGGAUGAUGCUAUAGCGUGGACAGUUGGUUGGGAAAAUUGGUUAGGAAUAGGAAACGAUACGAAAAAUCAAAAACGAUAUCCUGUCCGAUGGCAUUUAAAAGCAAUUCAAGGAUACCAAAAUGAUAAAAUAACUUACAACUAUAAAAAUAUUCAACGUAAAGUAGGUAAUCAAUCAUUCACACAAUCAAUAUAUCUUGAAUCAAUUUCGGAUAAUUAUAAUAAUAAUAAUAUUCAAUUAAUUUAUGAAGAAAAAUCUCGUGAAGAAUAUGAAGAACCUAUUUUAAAUGAUACAUAUGGAAAUAUACUACUAUCACCAACAUUUCGUCAUUACUUAAAAACUAUUAAAAUAAUUACAUGUGUAAAUAUUCAAACAAUUGAAUUUAAAUAUCAACUACAAAAUAAAAUUCGACAAUUAAUCGCAUUAUUACAACUUGAAGAUAUAUAUCAAGAACCUGUAUUAAAAUUUUCUUAUAAAGAUGUUAACGAAUCUACACAACUAGAAGAAAUAUGUUUACCUAAUGGAGAAAAACUCAAUUUCAUUUAUCAAUCAAAUACACUUGAACAUAUAGGACGUCCUUUCGAUUCCUAUUCUGGACAAUAUAAUGUCAAUGAACAACCUCAAAUUACAACUGGAUCAGAUUAUUUAAUAUUAACUGAAAUCGACAAAAGAACUUUACAUUUCAAAAUCUUCCAAACUAAUCAAGCUCCUCUUAUGAAUUUACUCGGAAUUUUAGAAGUAUGUUUAUAUCGUACUAUUGCUCGUCAAGAUUAUUUUGGAUUUAUUAUAAAAACUUAUGAAAAUACAUUUGCAUUAUUUUUAUAUCAUCGUGAUUCAUCUUGUACAUGGUUACUUGAACCUAAACAAUAUUUAAUAUCAGAUUUCACAGUACAUUCUAUUGAUAAUGUUUUAAUUAUUGUCAAUCCACAACAACAGAUAAUUAUUAUUAAUUGGAAUAAUGAAAAACAAUUAUGGGAAGAAAAAUAUUUAUCAAGACCCUUAAAUGUUUCACAAAAUUCAGAAAUUUUUCUUACCACAAAUCAACAAUCUCUUAUAAUUAUUUAUGAUGAUCAACAUUUAUGGAUCGGAUAUAAAGAUUUAAAUAAAAAUUGGCAAACGAAAUUACUUCAUUCUAUUCCAAAUUAUUUAUUAAAAAGUAAACAAACACUUGAAAAAUUUGUAACUACUUCAACAUUAUACGAAAAUAUACUUUCAUGUUUAAAAUCACAAAUAUUACAAUGUCAUAAUAAUAUUAUUUGUUUGUAUUCAUGGCAAGAAGAUAAUAAUAAAUUAAAAUCAUUAAUAAGUAUUUUUAUGUUAGAUUCAAAUUAUAACAUUCAAUUAGAUAAAAUUUAUACAAUAUCACAAGAAGAAUCUAUACUAGAAAUUUUUUCGGAAUUUCAAGAACAAGAAUUUAUGAAAAAUGAUAAAAUUAAAUUUCGAUUAAUGUAUCAAAAAUAUAAUGAAAAAUUUCGAGUUGUUUUCGAACCUCGAGAAAUAACUAAAGAUAUAGAUGAACAACAAGGUAAACAUCGCCGUGUCUAUCAAUUAAAUAAUCAACAAAUUACAGUUACCACUCAAGGUAUAAAAGGAUGUGUACUUUAUAAUACUAAAACAGGAAAAUGGUUUACAGAAGAAGCUGAAAAUUUACGAAGUGAUGAUCAUUCUUUAGCUGAAUAUUUUAAUGAAAUAUUAUUAAUUGAUAUAAAUAAAUAUCUUCCACGUCUCAUUGUGAAUCAAAUUAUAUGUGGAAAUAAAAAACUGAUAUUCGAUGGAUAUCAAUUUCGAGAAAAAUUGAUUGAUAAAAAUAUUAUUCAAGGAAAUGAAUUUAGCUUUUAUCUUGGGAAUGAUUAUGUUUUACAAAGAAUAAAUAAAGAUGAUUCGUUUAAAUUGUAUCGACAGGAUGCGAAAAGAGAAUCCACUGGUGAUUGUUUAUAUGAUUUCAGUGUAAAUUCUAUCGAAAAUAUUUCCAAUUGUUAUCCAAAUUAUAUUGCUUAUAAACAAAAUGAUAAUCGUAUUUUCAUUUUACCAUUUCAAAGGAAGAAAUUAGGCAUUGCCUAUUAUUUAACAAAUGGUAAUUUAACACUAUGGAGUCAUUCACAGUUAUUAGUUAUCUUUCAAUCGAAUUCUCAAGAAAAUAAAAGUGGUAAAUUGAUGAUCUAUUCAAAUCCUGGUCGUUCGGAACCCUAUCAAGAUCCAAUCAUCGUUAAAACGAGUUUAGAGAUUGAUACUAUGCAACGAAAUACUGGCUAUUUUUAUCACGAUCAGUUAGCAAUUCUUAUCAAUGAAACAGUUAUUUAUCAAAAAGUAGAAAUAAUUCCUGGUAAUGAUAAAUCUCUGCAUGGUUGGAUUGAAAUCAAUUAUGAUUCACAAAAUAGUCAACGAAAAUUUUUUAAUUCAAAAGGACAAGAAAUUUCAGCUUCUUUAGAAAGUUCAAAUUCAAAAAAUAAUUCUGAAUCUGAAUCAUUACCAAAUCCAAAAACAACUUUAUUUUUAAAUAAAACAAAUUUAGAAAUUGCUCAAUUUCAUAAUGCAAAUAUUCAUGAUGAUGAAGGUGCAUAUAUCGGUUUUGAAUCAUAUGAAAUAGAUAAUGUAUUUGGAUGGAAUUAUAAACAACAAAAUUUAAUAAAAAAUGAUUGGUCAUUAACAGGAGAAUAUUAUUUACGAUUAAAUAAUAAAAAUGAUUUUAUACAUAGAACAUUUAAUCCAAAAAAUCAAUUACGUUCUUAUCAAGCAGCGUGUUGGAUACGAGGUAUAGAUAUAAAUUCUUCCUCAAUUGAUGAUUUUAAAGCAAUUAUAAAAACUAACAACGAAGAUAUUAUUGGAGUUUUACCAGCUAAUUUAUUAAUUUGUCGAGGUGAAUGGUGCUAUUUCGAAAUUAAUAUUGAUUUACCAGAAAUUAAAAAUAAUGGAGCUUUAACACCUAUAUAUUCAAAUAAUAUGAAUAGUAAACUUUAUUUCUUUCAAGAAGAUAUAAUUAAAAUUGAAAACCAACAAAAUUUUAUCGUUAAUAUAUUAGGUAUUGCAACAAAUACAAUAAUCGAACAACUACUUGCUAAGAUACAUAAUAUAAAUAUACGUUCACUAAUAAGUUCGGAUAUUAAAAUUGCGUUUUUACAGAAUAAUUUAUCCGAUACAAUGAAGAAUAAAUCUGAUUAUAAAAAUAUUCGAAAGAAAUAUGAACAGCAACAAGAAAAAAUUAAUCAAUGUAUUCAUCAAAUAAAUAAAAAUAUUAAUUUAAAAGAUAAUCAACAAUUAGAUUACAAAAAUCUUCUUGAAUGUAUUAAACAACAACCAAAUUACAAUAUUUAUUAUCAACAACUUGAUGAAUUAAAAAUAAUUUCAAAUGAAAUUGAAUUAGAAUUAGAAAAUUAUUCAAAAUUAGAAGAUACAAUUAAAGAUUUUAUUAAUACAUAUGAUUAUUUUAAUAAUUAUCCCAUAAAUAUCAUUGAUAAUCAAAUAAUAAUCUCAUCAAUUUUGAAUGCAAUAAAUCAAUUAAAUAAUAUUUGUUUCUAUAUUUGGAAGACAAAUUCAAAUAAUGAAUUAAUUUUAUUGCAUACGAAUCAAGACAAGAUAAAAAAUCCAAAACAAACUAUAUAUUUAUUAUAUAAAGGAAAAUCUGAACAAUUUCAAAAACUUAUUGAUGUUACUAAUAAAUGUUUAUCAAUAGAAAAACGUCAAUCUUUAAAACAAGGACAUGAUUAUUUACUAAUUGAUUUAAUUAUUCAACCAACGAAUGAUUAUAGUUUAGAUAUUGAUCAUAUACGUUUUACUCCUCGUGAUCAACAAUUUUAUGCACAUGUUUUUAAUCCAUUAACAUAUCAAAUUAGUUCUCUAAUUGAUGGAAAUGGAAGUAUUAAAUAUAUGUUUUAUAAUCAUCAAUAUGAACCUUUUGUAGUUACAGAUUGGAAUAAAUAUUUAAAUGAAUUAUAUAUUCAUAGUAGAGAAGGUACUAUCUUACCAUAUGGAAGUAAACUUGCACGUAAACAACCACAAAGUCAAAUCAAAAUAAAACCAUUACAUGGAUUUUAUGAAGAUUUUUCUACAACUUCAUUUAAAGAAAGAUGGUUAAUUGAUACAAAUACUAAUUGGAAACGAAUACCUGGAUAUCUUAGUCAUAUAACAAAUACAAAUGAUGGUUUAAUAUUAGAAAAUGAAUGGUUAGAUGAAUAUUCAGCUGGAUUACAUGUAUAUUUAGAUUUACAAUCGAGUGCUAAAAUCGAAAUUAAACUUCAUAAACAUUUAAUUAUCAUAGAAUGUUUUAAUACAAAUCAAACAAAUUUAAUUGUUAACAAUGAAAACAUUAGUUCAAUACUACCAUCAAAUGCUGAAUAUUUAAUAAUUAGUGAAGAAAAUCGUUUAUGGUUAUGGAUCAAUAGUCAAUUACACAUCGACAAAGCAUUUAAUAUUCAUUCUAAUAAUUCAAAUCAUUUAUCAUUAAAUUUAACAGGAAAUAUUUCUCUUAGUCAACUUUUUAUAUUUAAUAAGCCCGCUAUUGAUAUAGUCUAUAAAAAUAUCUUAGAUGAACAAUUACAAACUAUUCAAUUCGAAAAUUCUCAAUCAAUUAUUAUUUCUCAAAUAUUAUAUGAUAAUUUAGGUCGACAAACAAUAGUUACUAAACCAACACAAAUUAUUGUUGAUAAUGAUAAACCUCUAUUAGCAUAUCAAAAUGAUUUUAUUCAAAAUGAAGAUACAGUUUGUCAAACUGGUAAAUUAAUUGGUACAGUUAAUAAAUUCAAUCCAAAAGAUGAUGGUUAUUGUUAUUCAGAAAUUAAAUAUGCAGAUAACCCAUUAAAUGAAAAAAUUGCUACUGGACAACCAGGACGUUUAUUUGCAGUAAAUAAUAUUGGUUGUUUAAAAUAUAGUCGUGAUGCUCAAUCAAAUUUCAUUAACUUAUUAUUUCCAAGUAAAAAUGGUUAUUCUGUACAAGUUACUAUUGAAACACAUGGAACAAAACAAAUUAUUGUAUUCGAUUCACGUAGAAAUCAAGUAGCGUUGUAUGUAUAUACUAAUAUGGGAAAUAAUUUAUUAACUACAUAUGAAUAUAAUGAUGAAAAUCAAGUUGUUAAAGUAUUACCACCUGCUUAUCAUGCACAUCGAAAUAUUAAUACUUUAAAUCAAGUAAUAGCAUAUACUCAAUUAAUUAAUCAAUGGAAAAAUAAUGAACAACAGCGAAAUAUUCAAGAUAAAUUUUCUACUAGAAUGAUUUAUGAUAAAAAUGGACAAAUUAUUGAAAGAAUUUCACCGGAUACUAAAAAACAAAUUUUAAUUUAUAAUCGUGAAAAUCUAUUAAGAUUUAUUUUACAGCAUGAUAUUAAUAAUAAACCAUAUCGAGUUAUCUAUUAUCAAUAUGAUAAAUUUGGUGAUCUGUCGAGUCAAGGUUAUAGUACAGAAUGCUUAAAUUAUGAAGAUCUACAAAAUCUUGCUAAUAAUUAUAGUGAAUUACCACAAGCAAUACCAUAUUUACAAAUGAUCAAGAACAAUGGUUCGGUAAAGGCAAAUUUAAGAAGUAAAUCAGUAACAUCAGUUAUAAAUCAAUCGGAAGGUAUAUGGAGAGAGUCUUCAGCUUAUUUACAUGAAGGAAAAUUAUCUAAUAAAGAGAUAAUGUUAGUUAGUGAUAAUUUAUGGCAAAUUUAUCGCACUGAUUAUACUUACUAUGGAGCAAAUGUUUCCACUAUAACCUAUCCAAUGUUAUUUAAAAAUCAACCAUUAAUUAUUUCAUAUUCGUACAAUAAACAAAAUCGCACAGUUGCAAUAGGUACUCCAAAUAAUUUAGAGCAAUGGACAAAAUUUACUUAUACUGCACAUGGACAAAUAUCUAAUGAAAUACAUAUUUCAAAUAACUUUACUACAUAUUAUGAUUAUAAUUCUCCUGGAUAUUUAGAAAAUAUUCGAAAUAAAUAUAUCAAUGAAACUAUAUAUUAUACACAAGGAAGUUAUGGUCAAGGUGGUUAUUUCGAUGGUACUAUUGCAAGAACACAAUUUAAAACACAAUGGUUUAGUUAUUGUGAUACUAGACUUUUAUCUUUAACUGCACAAAAUUUUCAACAACGUCUUGAAGCCAUUGGACAAAAUAUAACUCUAGGAAAAGCUGAAUAUUAUUUGCAAACUUUGCAAAAUACUGGUUUUCUUGAUAAAAAUCGACGUGUUAUCAAAACAUUUUUACCUCGAGAAGCUGCUUUAUAUUUACCUCGUGAAUGUGGCGGAACUUUUGCUUAUGCAUUAGCAGAAACUUUAAAUGAAUAUUUUGUACAAGAUUAUGGUCAUCAGUAUAGUUAUGGUAAUCACAUGGAACUUAUAAAAGCAAAAUAUUUUAUAGGUGAUAUGAAUUUGAAACCUAUUCAACCGUUAAGUUUUGAAGAAAAAUCUUAUAAAAUAAAUUCACAACAAUCAAAAUCAAUAUGGAAAAUAUUAGUUGAUGAAAUUUAUAUUUGGCCGGAUAAUGAUGAUGGAAUACAUUUACAAGGAAAAGUUAAUACAAAUAAAUGGAUUGAUUAUGAAACAUUGAAAAAGAAUUUAGGAAAAUUUUCCGAUUAUGAUCAUGUACUUGCUACAAUAUUACAAAAGUAUAUUUCACAACGAGAAGUUUUAACAUUUGGAAAACUCCAAAAAAUCUUUUUAACUUGGUUAACAGUUGAUUUAGAUACGCAAAAAGAAACAAUUGAUAUUUACCUUGAAACAGCUAAACAGAUUUGGACAAUUCUCUCUAAUCAAGGAUAUCUAUAUUCACUAAAUAGUUUAUGCACCUUAUUUACAAAUCAUUUCUAUCAAAUACUUAAAGAUUAUCGCAUGUUUAUACCUGAAAUCAUAGGUGUACUUCAAGAAAAUUCUUCGUGGCAAACAGGUGAAUCUGCUUGUGAUGUUGAAGCUUAUAUGAUUGAUGAAAAUGGAAAUCAUCGCCACUAUUGGACAGGUUAUUCACGUUAUGUAUUACAUUACAAAGAAAACAACAAUCAAAUUGAAAAUAUUGAUUACAAAUCGAUGUCAAGAGAUAAACCAGCAACAAGUUUUAAAAUUACACAUGAUGAUCUAGGUAAUAUAACGAAAGCAGAACAUAAAGGAAUUACAGAAAUUAUCUACCAUCCAACAUCAAAUCGACCUAUAAUUAUUAAAUUACAAGAUGGUCGUCAAGUUUCGUACGAUUAUGAUGUUCAAGGUGAACGAGUUCGAAAACAUAUAGUUAAUAGUAAAGGUGAAAAACUUAAAGAAAUUUUGUAUUUACGCGACGAAGAAGGACGUUCUUUAGUAGAAAAAGAAAUGAAUUUUACAAAUGCUGGACAUCAUGAACAAUGCACAGGUUAUAUUUAUGGUCCUAAAGGUCUGAUUGGUUUCAUUAGAAAUGAUGAAUUUUAUAGUGUUAUUUGUGAUCAUGAAGGAUCUGUUCGAUUAAUUAUUAAAAAUGAAGAAGUAGUAGCUGCUUAUGAUUAUCUUCCUUAUGGUAAUUUGAUACGAGAAUAUGGUAUUCCUCAAGUGCAAAUUUCUUAUCGAUAUACUGGUCAAGAAUGGGAUGAAGAAACAGGUCUAUAUAAUUAUCAUGCACGAUUAUAUGAUCCAGAUAUUGGUCGUUUCUAUCAAAUUGAUCCUCAAGGACAAUAUGCUAGUCUAUAUAAAUAUGCUGGAAAUUCGCCAGUAUCAAUGGUUGAUCCAGAUGGUGAAUUAGCCUUUAUACCGCUGUUAAUGCUUGGCUUCGCAGUAGUUGGUGGUCAUUUAGGAGGUGCAUCAGUAAACAAUAGUUGGGAUAUUCGUGAAUGGGAUCUGGCGAAUCCAGGCACUUAUCUUGGAAUCGUUGGUGGUGCGCUGACUGGUGCAUUGGCACCUGUUGGAUUAACAAUUUCAGUAGCCGCCAUUGCAAAUUUCGGACUCAGUGUUGCUACCGCUGCUGCUGCUACAAGUGCACUUGGUGUGGGUGGUAUGUACCUAGGAAUGGCAAGUGCAAGUCAAACUUGGAAUCCAUUGCAAUGGCAAUGGAGUCGACCGAUGAUAUGGAGUAGUGGCUUUCAAGGAUUUACUUUUGGUGCUAGUAUCGUCGGUGGUGUUGGCAACUGGUAUCAGUAUUAUAGGUAUCUAGGAACUGCUGGUAAAUGCGCAUUUGCUAUAGGUUGUGUAGCAUCUUCAACAGGUAUGACAUAUUUUAGUAUGGCAUCAGCGACUAAUAGUUGGUCACCAAGAGAAUGGAAACUAACAUCGCCAACGACAGUCUUUGCUGGAUUGGGCGGUGCUUUUGGUGGAUUAAUGGCACCUUUAGGACUCUUAUACACAGGAAAAUCUAUCACGUAUCUUCAAACUAUUAGCAGCCGAAUCUUCAUAGGAUGUGGAACUCUUAUACCUGGUGGAACUUGCUCUUAUCUAUUUGCUAGUGCAGCGAAUGAUAGUUUUACUAAUUGGGAUAUGUCGUCUCCUAAAACUUAUGAAUCAAUCAUCGGUGGAUUUUUGUUCGGUAUUAGUUUACCUGGAUUACCAAAAGCACUCAGUGAUGGUAUGAAGAAAACUUCAAAAGCUUGGAAACGUCAUGAAUAUUAUCAAAAAGAACACUAUAAAAUUGAUCAGCAAUUAGCAAAUGAAAUUGUUGAUAAAGUUAAUGCUUUCUUUGGUGAAGGAAAUAAAAAGCUAAGUGAAAAUGGUGUUAUUAGUAUUGCAACAAUGGAAGAUGGUACAAAGCUUUUUGCUUAUUCUGGUACGGAAAAGUAUCUAAUUGUUGAUGGUAUAAUUGACAAUAAUGGUGCUAAAAUUAUUCGUGUUAGGGAAGUUUUACCAAACGUUGGAGGCGGCAAAGUUGUGACAUUUGAACAUAUAACAAAAAAAUUAGGUAUAAGCAAACAAUAUGUAUUGAGAAAAUCAGGAAUGCCAAAUGAACAAGGUCGUAACUUACCUCGUGCGCCUGAAAUUUGUGCAGAACCACGAACUAUGGAAUUAGCAUUUAAACUUGGUUAUGCGAAUAAUGAUAUUGCGUCAUUUAGCGCAUUUAGAAAAGAAGCAACUGGCGUUGUUCCUGUGAAUGCUUGUCGUAAUUGUCAAGUAUACGUUCCUGGAAAAGUCUAUACAGAAGUUAUUUUUGGUAAAGCUUUUCAAAAUCCAUUUGAUUAUAUGAUAUACACAGCACAAAUAUCCAUUCAACAACUUCAAAAAAAAUAUUAG